CAGACCCCUCCUCGAAGCUGCAUGGUCCUACGUAACUGCCCGGCGUGGUCAGGUAUUCAAAGUUGAGGCCCCUCAAUCACUCGAUCCAUCAGCCCAUAGGUUUAGUAGGUAGCAGUUUCCUCGCUCGAUUCGUCUGCCCAUUCUCAUUCAAUUCUUUCUCAUUUCUCAAAUUCAAUUUCUCUCAAAGGAACUAACCAAGUAAAACUACCUCGACAACAAAGCGAUUCAAAUUUGACACAUCUCGUGAUUCAACAUCCAUUGCAUCUUCCUUGACUCUCGUAAAUAUUCUCCCACACCUUCUUACCUACAAACCUCGGAUUAGGCAAGCAAAUACACCUCCCUAUCUUACGAACACGUCUCCAAUUCCUCAAUCCUUAAUCUUCAAUCAUGGCACACAAGACUUCUGCAGUGGCCGAUGAGCCCAUUGAAGUUCUCUUCGUUCUUCAGCCUAAGUUCAACUUAUUGGACUUUGCUGGUCCUCUUGAAAUCCUCGACACAGUCCGUCAUGAUAAGAAUGAUGACAGCACCAAAGCUUUCGAUUACACAAUCGCUGCAGCCGAACCCAAGGUUAUUUCAGAACAAGGAGUCAUCGUUGGUGCCCAAAUCACAUACAAGGAGGCACAUGAACGUCUCAACGACUUUGAUGUCCUCAUCGUCGUGGGCGGCAAUAGCGACGCCGUCCUGAAGGAGAAAUCCGAACCCUUACCUACCAUUGAAGCUUUUGCCGAGCUUCAGAGAACUGAUUACACACGAGAACGCACACUCAUGUCAAUCUGCACCGGCUCCCUCUUCCUGGCCGAGGCCGGCAUCUUAGCGGGCUUGUCCGCCACCACCCACCCCGAUUACAUGACCAAGUUUGAGAUUAUCUGCAGUAAUGCAGCUCAACGUGACCUGCAAGAAAGAACCGACGUUGUAGAAGACUCUAGAUAUGUCGUCAACAACCUUCGCUUCGACCUUGGAGAUGAGGAUGAGAACCCCUACAUUCGUCGAAAGUCGGAUGCUGGAAGACGCCCCUCUGCCGCACGGAAGGGAAGCAUCUCAUUCAAGGGAUCGAAUGGACGCCGUGAGUCUAUCGCCCGCCGCGCCGCAAUGCGUCUUGGGGGGCUUCGGGUGAUUACGAGUGGGGGAGUGUCUGCUGGCCUAGAUGCAACCUUGUAUCUGGUCAGCAUCCUGGUCGACGAAGACGCUGCGAACGAGGUGGCACGAUCCGUUCAACACGAGUGGAUCAAGGGUACUGUUGUUGAUGGUCUUGACGUCUAGACGGAUAUCAAGGGCUGCUACGCACUAAAUGAAAUCAAUAGGGGUGGAUGUGUUGAAAUCUUGCUCAUGUAUCGAAAGACUCUCCCAUCAUAAGACCGAAAUGGUCCACAGUACCUGAAUUUAAAUGAAAGUAAAACAGUUAAAAUAAAUGCCUCUCGGUGCCAUUUAAUUGAGAUGUGGUUUCAUGAAAAUUAAAAUCUGACGUACAACAUGCGAGCAACUUCCCAUUACUGAACC